CAGGAACUAGGUCAUUUUUGUCCUUUCCCGGAAAAUAGGGUAAUUCUCAUUUUCCCGGAGAUCUUGGGAAAGAAAAACAAGAGAAUGAGGAGCGCAUCCAACUUUAUAGCUAAAAAUUAGAUUAAAAAGAAACCCUUUUGAAUAUUCACUAAUCCAUGUAGAAGAACUCCAUUUAAAAAAAAAAUCUCUCUAAAAGAAAAUACAUAGGGAGAUAUGUUGAAGUUGUGGAAAUGGUACCAGAAUUGCUUGGCUGUGCAUCCAGUCAAGACACAGAUGAUUAGCUCAGGAGUGAUUUGGGGUUUUGGUGAUAUAGCUGCACAGUCCAUAACUCACUAUACAGCAAAGAAAUAUCGUCAAAUUAAGGUAGAGGAGAAAGAAUUUAAGAUUAAUUGGAAACGAGUAACGACCACGAGCUUGUUUGGUUUUGCAUUUGUUGGACCUGUUGGCCACUUCUGGUAUGAAAGUUUAGACCGAUUUAUAAGGUCACGACUUUUACUGCGUCCAAAUUCCUUGCGGUUUGUUGGUGCUAAAGUAGCACUUGAUGGGAUUAUCUUUGGACCACUGGAUCUGCUUGUAUUUUUCUCGUACAUGGGUUUUGCAUCUGGAAAGAGUGUUCCUCAAAUCAAGGAAGAUUUGAAGAGGGACUUUGUACCAGCUCUUAUUUUGGAAGGAGGUAUAUGGCCAAUUGUUCAAGUUGGAAAUUUCCGAUUUGUACCAGUGAGGUAUCAACUUUUGUAUGUCAACUUCUUCUGCUUGUUGGAUAGCUGUUUUCUAUCGUGGCUUGAGCAGCAAGAGGAUGCUCCUUGGAAGCAAUGGUUAAUAUCUCUUCUGUCUGGCAAGGAGAAAAAAGAUACAGGUGGAUGAUUUCCUGUCUCAACUUAAUGUUUCAUUCCGGGCCACGGUAAUCAUAGUGCAUACACAGGUAAGACAAUAAGGUUAAAAACUGGAAAAAAACAAAAUCAAAGAAGGCUGAAUUGGCAACUUCUAUUUUUUAUGGGAGCAAUUUAGAAAAGUCAUAGGGUUACUCUUUUGCCUUGCUUCAAAAGCAAUGAACUUUGUAUUGAUUGUUUUCUUUUUUAAAAAAAAAUAAAGAUGUCAUCAAGUCUUUUUUGGUUAGUGGUUUUGAGAUUUUACUAGGUCUCGUAUGAUAUCUUUAGAAACUGAAGUUGAUAGGUUCAAUUUUCGUUGCUGGAGGCUUCCCCGGUGCUGGAAUCUUAAGUAAAUUAACGUUUGCAACUUAUGGAAAACAUCCAGUUUAAUAUUUUUGGUGAAAUGGGUUUUCAUUUCUGAUCCCAACAUGUUUCCAGAGUCUGAACUUUCAAAGAAAAUGCCAGGUACCAAAUGAAGCAUUGCUCGAAAGUGUUUUUGAGGCACUCUAAAUUAUAUCCCACAUUCCAUUUUUCUUCUUAUUCUGUUACUUCUAACUGUAGUUGUGGUGUUUGAUUAGUGUUUAUGCCAAAACCAAUUGAAUGUGCAAUGCAACAGGACACUGUUUUGUAGAGCAUUAUGCAAAUUGCAAUGUAUAACACCUUCCAUGUACCACCAAA